GCGCAUGCGCACACAGAGAACACCUAAUGUCAACAAGGAAGACAGACUUCGCGUGUAUCUCCUUUUAUUCGAAACUAGACUUGCAUUAAAUUGCUUUAAACUUUAUAGCUAAGUAAAUUUUAAAAGUUAAACCUUUUGAAGGUUGUUUUUAGAUGGCUGAAUUGUCGUCGAGGAGUCUGUAGCUGUGCUGUUUCGGAUUGUUCACAAACUAUUAGCAAGCUCAGCUGGCCCUCAAGAAGCUCAUCGAUAUGCCUGCUCGAAACAUCCUGUCCAACGAUUUUCCAGCCGGCAGAGUGAAGUACUCCAGGUUAGCUUCUGACGAUGACGGCUACAUCGAUUUACAGUUUAAAAGGAGCCCACCCAAAGUACCAUACAAAGCUAUAGCUCUCGCUACAGUGUUAUUCUUGAUCGGGUCUCUCUUAAUCAUCAUCGGUGCUCUUCUCCUCGCUGGGUACUUUGGAGUUACACACACAGACCGAACAGUUCCUGUCCUCAUCAUUGGGAUCCUCGUCUUCCUGCCGGGAAUUUACCACCUACGGAUCGCCUACUAUGCAUCAAAGGGAUACCCAGGCUACUCCUAUGAUGACAUCCCAGACUUUGAUGACUGAACCACAGCAAAGCAGGGCCAUGUGUCCUGCUGUACUCAUGUUCAUUCCUGUUGCUUACCUUGAAUCGAAAGUAGCUUAAGAAAAUUAGAUGUAACAUUAUUAUUUUUUGUUACUUUUAAUUACUGUCUUAUUGUUGGCCCGCAAAAUUAUGUGUAAAUUAAUAAAACUGCUAUUUCAUUAUUUUUUUAUGCAUUCCUGUUGUGUAGCAUCAUUGUUGUGUCCUUGGACAAAGUCAAGGUGAAAACUUUUAAGAUUAUUGACCAUGAUGGAUGAUUUUAAUCUUUUAUUUAAUUAAAGUUAUCCUACCUUUGUAAGUGUUUUAGAACUGAGGGUCAUCAGUCCAUUUUAGCUGACAAUGUAAUAAUAAAAAUUGUUAAUUAGUUUGGGUGAGAAAAUAUUGGAUUUUAAUAACUAUCUAACUUCAUGAACCACAUCAAAAACAUUACAAUUUAACCUCAAUAAAACCAAAAAUGAUUUUUAA